AUGGCUUCCAGUCCAACAGUAAAUGACCGAUUUGAAGUUGAUAAACAACUUGGCUGUUUCCCUCGAAGUGAAAAGAAAAUGAAAACCGCUUCUGAAAUGUCACCUAGAUCUACAAGAGUUGCCUUCGAUGAGAAAGAGAAAGAGCUGAUGGAGGUCAGAACCUACUGGCAGGAGGAAUAUAAAACUAAGGUGAGUGAGAUUGCAAGUCUUGAAGCAGCUUUAAAGGAUGCCGUAAGAUCGAGAAACAUUGACGUCGAAGAAUUGAGGUUGUCGUACGAAAAUGUGCUAGAUGCCAGAAACGGCGAGAUUUCAGAACUAAGAAGAACUUUGGAUGAGCUGACAAGAACUAAAGACGAGAUCCUUGCUUCUGCUGAAAAAUCCACCGAAAGUAAACUUCGAGCAAAAGACGCGGAAGUAACGAGACUAAGAAUCUGGCUUGAAGAAGCUAAAAAGUCUAAUGCACAGGGCAGAGAGGUUUUAAAUUCUUACCAGAGGAGGGUGGCAGACAAAGAAAUAGAGAUUGAAGCUGUAAAAAAGUCGAGCGAAGAAAGCAUUAAACUUCUGGAGCAGCAGAUAGAGAAGCUACAAGCACUGUUAUCAGCGGUCAUAGACGAAAAAGACAAUGACAGUGAAAAUACGAAAGUUGCUUUUGAUAGUGUAGUUGAAGAAAAGGAGAGGCAGAUCGCAAUGUUAAAGGAAUCGUCAAUUAACGAACUAAAGGCUAAAGAAGAAGAAAAUAAACGCCACGAGAAAGACAUUUUACGCAUGGAAGAGGAGUUAGCUGAAAAACAAUCAGAAAUCGAGCAGAUACACGUAACCGUUCAAAAUUUACAGAAUAUCAUGAAAGCUAACGAAGAAGAAAGAAAUAAACUAACCGAGGUUUUGCGCGUGGCCUCAGAAACGAGAAGGCAAGAAAUGAUGGAACUACAAGGACAACAACAGAAGUUAUUAGAUCACAAAGAAAGCGAAUUGAUGUCGUUGGAAAAGCUGAUAAAAGAACAAACCAAACGUCACGAGAUGAUGCUAAGGGAGAAAGAUAAGCAAAUCGAAGAAAUGUCAGCUAAGUUAGCGUGGGUGGAGACUCAGUUAACAAGCGAAUGGUUGGAAAAAGGAAACAAAGAAGAUCUCAGUACAAAGUUGACUUCUUUAUUGAAAAAGAUGGGUGACAUGAAGGCAGAAAAAGGAAUACUGGAAAAGGAUGUCACAGAGUUAGUAAAAGACAUUCGUGCAAAGGAAAGCCAACUCAAUGACAUCCAGAAGAAAUGUGAGAGCGAAGCGCAGAAGAAACAAAUGUUGCAACAAGACUUUGAUUCUUUGACUCGUGAUCUUGACAGCUGGAAAUCGUCGAUGAAAUUAAUUGAAGGAGAGAGGAACUUCCUUGAAAAGGAAGAAAAAAGUCUUAAGGAAGAUUUAGAGAGGAAAAGCAACGCGUUGUGUGAGUUCGAGUGUAAAGUUGAGUCACUGGAAUCAAUUAGACAAAAUCUGGAAACCCUGAUUCGCCAACUACGAGAAGAAAAUUCUGACGCUCUUCAAACUCAAAAGAACUUGGAACUAGCUUUACUGGAGAAAGAUAAAGAGCAGAACUUGUUGAAGGAAAAAUUGAACAUCACUGAAAAGAAAUUUGCUAUGGAAAUUGAGCACAGAAUUAUCAAAGAGGAAUCCACUGCAGCGACGAUAACCAAUUUGAGAAGCAACUAUGAGGAGUCGCAAAACGAAAAUAAACAACUUAAGAUAAGUUUAGAUGAGCGAGAAAACGACGUUGCAAGUUUAAGUAGGUUAUUAGAAAAUGCAAAGCAACAAGAACAUAAGCUUGAUGCGGAAUUAGAACACCUUUCCGAAGAGCUAGAAGUUCUGAACGAAAAAUUUAUGAAAGGAAGAAAUGAAAAAGAUGCCUUGGAAAGGUCGUUGGCAAGUGCGGUAACCUUGAAGCAACAAGAAGUCGAAGAGCUGCAACAAAAACUCGACAAAACCCUUAAUGAUCAUAAACUUGAAAUGGAAAAACGGGAGCAAUGUUGGAGAGAAGCAAUGGCAAUAAAGGAUGAACUUGUGAAAGAUGCGAAAAGAUCCUUCGAUGAAAGAAUUAUGUGGAAAGAAAACGAAAUACAAAAACUUGAGCGUUUGCUUGAAACAGCAACAAGUGAGUUCCGGUCAGUGAAAGAAUCUUUGGAGACAAGCUUAACAUUGAGAAAGGAAGAGAUUUGUUUUCUGACAAAAGCAUUGAAUGACAAGGAAGAAAGAAUUGCGGAAGUGUUAGGUGCAAAUAAAGACAUCAUGCAGAAAAAGGGUGAAUUGGAGGAACUGUUUGAAGAAUGCAACACAAAAUUGAUUGAAGAGACACAAGCUAGACAAAUACAAAGUUCAGAAAUUGUUCUUGCAAGAGAUACAAUUUUGAAACUGGAAAGCAACUUGCGCGAGAAGGAGGAAGUGUUAAAGGCUGCUCAAAAAGAAGUUGAAGAUCUCCAUACACAAUUAAAGGAACAGGAAGAGCACUGCGUCACCGAAAUCAAAAAUAUCCUCAACUCAGCUGAAGAAGGAUUCAAGGAAAGAGAAAACGUAGCAGAGAAAUUAAAGGCCGUUAUUCAGAAUAAUGCGGUUAAAUAUCACCAAAGUCUUAAAGGGAAAGAGGAUAAAAUCACCACUUUGAAGAAAGAAUUGCAAAACUCAAACAAAGAUGUAGAAGACAUGAGAGUGAACAUGGCCAGCCUCGUACAACAAGCUGACGAAAAUGAGGCCAAGCUGAAAAGGGACUUGAAAAUAACGCAGGAUGAAAGUGAUCUGCUUGAUAAAAAGCUUUCAGAGCUAAAAGGACGUUUAUGGAAGAAAGACAAGGAGUUGGAAAUGAUGGAAGCAAAUAUGAUAAACGCUGCGUCAGACUUUGAAACGAAACAAAAUUUAAGAGACCAAGAAAAAAAGGUAGUUAUGGAGGAGCUGAGUAAUGAAAGACGUAAAGUACACGAAUUAGAAAAUAGCUCAUCUUGGCUUAAAGGUGAACUGGAAAGGAAAGAAUUACUGAUGCAGGAAAGAACAGGGAAGUACGAAACAUCUGAGGUGGAGUUAAAAGAAACAUUAAGCAAUCUUUCUAGUCUUCAAGACAAUUUUAAUCGAGUGAAGGAAUUACUGAAUUUGGCAGAAAGUGAGAAAGUUUGUGCUGACGAGGUGAAACAAAGUCUGCUUCAAGAGUUGGAAAAACAGAAGCGAUAUUGUGAUGGCAAAGAAGGAAAAAUAGCUGUUUUGUUGCACAAAGUUAAGAUCUUGAAAAAAUCCUCCUUCGAAACUGCUCAGACAAAUAAAAAACUUGAAGAAAACAUUGCUACUUUGCAGAUAAAGUUAAACGAGAAGGCGAUAGAAGCGACUACAUUGAAAAGCGAACUAGACGGUAAAGAAGAAGAAUUUAAACAGCAGUCGUCCCUUCUGGAAGAAAUGGAACUCGAAGGAACUGAGUUGAAAAACAAGAUAACAGAUCUGGAGAAAACAAUAAGCUCGCAAAAAUCAGAAAUAGAUGAAGCUAUGGGAAGAGAAGAAGAGCUAAAGGAAGCUGUUAAAGAUUUGUUAAGAAGUUUGAAUGAGAGCGAGGUGAACACCAGAGCGCUUGUCUCAAAUUUGGAAGAUGGGAAGUCCCAAAACGGAAAGCUUCGCUCCGAAUACGAAAACUUUAAGAUUUCUGCUAUGAAAGAAAAAGGUGAACUGCGUGGAGAGGUGGAACAUUUACACAGCGAGCUAGACAAACAGGAGGGUCUGCUUCUUGUUUUAAACAAAGAAAAGGAAAAUUUACUGGCUGAGUUAGGUAAGACAAAGCAAGCCGAGGAAAACACGAUAACAUCUCUGGAAUGUCACAUUAAGAGCCUUAAAAGAGAGAAUUCGAGUUUGAUUGACAAAGUUCAAACACUGGAAGAAGAAUCGAAGCAGAGGUUUGCGGAGAUCGCAGAAGUAAACUCGGCCCUGUCGUCCGCUGAAGUGUCUAAAGAGUUUUUGAUCCAAGAAGUAGAACGUUUGAGGUCCUCUGUGUCAGGGAAGGAAGAGAGUUUACGUGAGGUCCACAAAUCACUCGAAGCCGCACAAAAGGAGAAUAGUCAUUUCAAGUACGAGAUAACCAGCUUGAAGGAAAACUUGGCUCGAUCCGUAAGCGAGAAAGAUCAUCUACUGGAAAGUUUUGAAGAGAUGAAGAGCUCGGCGUCACAAGUGAAACAAAAAAUGGAGGAAGUCAUGUCCGAGAAAGAAAACACUAUUACCAGAGCAGAAGGAAUUAUUCGCAGCCUAAAGCAGGACAAUGAAUCUCUGAAGUCACAACUUUUGAAAUGCGAGGGAGAAGUAAAGGCUGAAAAGAAAAGUGUUGUUGAAUUGUUGGGAAAACGACAAGAGAUGUCAGCUGAAAUUGACUCACUGAACAGGGACAAAGGAAUUCUGGAAGCGUCUCUCAAAGACAUGGAUUUGUAUCCAGUAAAACUCAAGGCCACACAAGGUAACAAUUUUGGGAUAUUAAGGAUAUCAUUUACGGAAUCAGGUUGAAUAAUAUUCUGACGAGCAAUCCGUUAGACUAACAAUUUUUACAUGAUUUUUCAGUCCAAGAGAGAAUAUAUAAUGGCACAAAGAGGGAAACGCCCAGUCUAGCCCUUGGGAUAUGUGAAUUUCUCCAAAGUUAUUUUUAGACCAAUUAAACGCUUAAAAUUAAUCGGAAUCAGUUGGUUACCGGAGAGGUCCACAAACCUUUAUUCAGUGUCGACAAGAGAGAAUUCAACAAUCGCCAUUACAAGAUUCUGCAUUGUUUACGUUGAGGCAGUCGCGUUUGAACUUGAUGACUUUUCAUGCAAAUUCAAUUAAAUUGUGCGGACGUCUCAGGAAUUAUACCUUUGUUUAAUUACAACCUCUAAAAACAGCUUUAGUGAAAUUCACAUAUCCCGGCCAACACUCUAAGAUUCCCUCUCUGACCCAUUAUUCUCUCUUGGUCAGUCCUAAUCGCCUAGAAAUUGGUGCAAUUACAUUGUAAGCCCCCAAUUUCAACAAACCGGUCCCCAUCUUGACAGAUUACGAUGCACCACUAGCCCAAUUUCCUUUGCCUUCCUUUGCCUUCUCCUCAUUCCUGUUUUAAAAAUAUAUAUAUUUUAUUGAUUUCGUCUGACUAGAUUCCCUUACCAAGACAAAGAAUUCAUUGAAAGCAGUAAAAGGACAGUUAAAAGAAGAGCUGGAAGAAAAGAAAACCCUGACCAAAACCAUUCAAGAUUUGCAGUCGAUUAACACUGAGGUAAGUAUCCUGCGAACAGAGGUUUCUCUCUUGCAUGGUUAGACUGACAAGCGACCGGAACGACUUAAUUUGAUAAACGCUAAAAGCCAUGCAAAAAGAGAAACCUCUGCUCGCGGGGGAUGAGGUAAGGUAUCCGACAAAGUCUAUAGUGACAAACUUGUCAGUGAAAACUGUGGUAACACACCAUGCUUCACGUUCGAAACUUAUUUGGACAACUUGACAAUAUAGUCAUUUUUCCCAGGUUCCCUAACAAUUGAACAGAUACUGCUUGCGUGGAUCGGUACCGUUAACGUUUUUCUCGUUGCCAAAGUAAGUUACUAUAAGGCUUUGAAACUUUUCACGUAGAACUACAAAAGUCUAGCAGAUCCUUUUCAAGAUCUUACGAAACAAGGCAUAAAGAGGGAGCUUGAGCAACGACCACGACGGCUGUGACGAAAACGUCUCUUAAAAAGUGAAUUUACGCUGCUUCAAAAUUCAUCGAUCUUAUUCCAUGUUGCUUAAUCUCUCAAAUGAAUUUUGAAUUUUGUGCAGUUGAAUUCUAAAGAACUGUAUCUAAGUUCAAAAAAAGAAUUAGAAUUUCGAUCAUCUUGUUUUCUCGUCCUCAGGCCGAAAAUGCGAAAUUGGGUAGUUUUACAUCGUGGUCGUACAGUGAUACACGUGCAUAGUUUUGUUUUGCUUGUCUAAACCUAUUGCAUCUUUGACGUUCUCGUUGUCGUUUUCGUCUUAGCUCCCUAGAGACCUUCAGAUUCUAAGACGACUGGCGAUUACGAAUACGAUAUUUUCCCAAUACUAAGUGGUGCGCGCGCGUUUGCGAGCGUUGUUUUGGCUGGAAAACGUGGUAGCCGUGGCCUUUUUACUCCUAGUAUUAGCGAGAAUGUGGCAGUGUAGGAAACAGGUUUUCAAGUGCUAGAAUUCUUAUCACUUUGCAAUCGGGAAAGGGCUUAAUCUCCUUCCAUAAAAAUAACCAUGAUAACUUUUCUGGUAAAAAAAAAAAGUUCAGUGAAGCUUUCCGGGGUAUAUAGUUUUUAAGAAUACGCAAAAAAUCUUGUAAGUUAUAUCGCGUCCUCGCAGCUGUCCUUGUCCUUGAAUCUAAAGGUCUGUAUUGUCCGGGGGGGACUCCGCAUAUGAAAGGGGUAAGGAUGCUCGUCGGAAAAUUUGAAUUAAACUCUUAAAGGAGACCUAUCUGAGCGUGGCCCAAGCUUUUUUUGUCUCCUAAAAGAGACCACGUUAUAGGUUAUAUUUUUAUAUUUUUUCGCGUGCAACCCCAAACGAGACCUUCACGGCUAAAUAUGAUGGCGUUUUACCCAGAACACCCUGAGCGAGACCAAAAUCCGAAAUUUACACCCCUAAGCGAGACGACGAGCAUCCCCACCACUUUCAUAUGCGGAGUCCCCCCCCCCUGUCCCCCUCCCCCGGGCUGUAUUGUCCCGGCGUCGAUGGAAGUUGGGUUAAUUGUUGGUUCUCUUCCCUUUUUGCGAGAUUUUUCUCCGGUGCCGGUUUCCCCCUUCCCGCUCUCCUCAAAAAUUGACCAACAUCCCAAAUUCCAUGUUCGAUCUGGAAGUGAGGAAAAGUGUAAGGCUGCAGGUUUAUCAGGCAGUUCUUGGAACUUUCAAGUGUCACCAUCUCAAAAUAUCGUUAGUCUUGACGAAAUUGAUACGUGUAUUUACAUGAGCACCUCAAGUGAGGAUUAGAGAUUUUGAAAAGAACAAUCGGCCCUUCCUUACGAUCACCGCCCUAUUACGAACAGUCUUUGUUGGUCCCAAAGAUACGAAAAGUCCUUAAGGUGAUUCCAUAGUAAAAGAACCUAACAUAGAUUUUAGCUAAAACUUGGUACACUGAUGUAACAAGUCAAGAAGAUGAUAAAAAAGUAAUAAAAAGUGGGGGUCACCGUGCUCGUUUUGACGUCACAAUGCUGACAAAUACGGCUAUUUAGGACCCUUUUACAAAAACCGCGGGCAGCGCAAAACUAGACAAAAAGGAGAGAUUUUUUCGAUGAUGCAUGUGACAUCACACAGAAUUUGACUUUAAUGUAUUGUUUAUCCACUUACGUACCAGAAAAAUGCCCUUUAAUGCCCUUGUUUUUACUUUACGCUCCAAAGUAGAAUUAAAUUGGACGCGCGCUUUUCGACCCGUGAUGGCUCAAUCCGUACAAUUUAGUAAAAUUGCCAAAAAACUGAACAUAGAUUUGUGCCAAUUUUUUUCUCAUCGAAAGGAAGCACUGUCCUUAUUAAAAUCAUGAAAUAAAAAAUGGGGGUCACCGUACUCGUUUUUGCGGUAGAGCUGCAGAAAGUGCGCACCAAACGCAUUUUCUCCGAUUUUUGAGAGAGGACUGGGGCGAGUUUCAAAAUAGAAUGUAUGUGAAAGGGGGAAGAAAGUAUUAAAAAAUCCGUUUUUACAGAAUUUACAUCGAGAUAUCACAUUUAGGACACAAUGUGAUAAAGAAAGUGUUUAAAUGAAAAUCAAAGUGAGUAAGCACAAGUUAAACAUCCACUAUCGAGGUUCUCCGAGAGGAGGUCGAACUCAGCAACACGCGUACUGCUUACGUUAUGCACAUUCCCAACACAUUGAGUCUCACCUCGGCAAGAAACAACAGCAAGCAAAAAUUCCAAUAGCGUUUCUCUUCAGUCAACUUCAUUUUAAUAAUAUUACUUCACAUGCUCUUUUUUACGGCGGCCAUCUUGUUAUGCGCAGUAAGAGAUGCGCAGUGCAAAACUAGGGAAUCACCUUAACAGUGGAAUGCGGACACUUCCGUGAUGGCAACGCUAGGUUCUAUCUGUAUCAAGGUGUUUCGACUGUAUAUAUACUUAAAGUGUAUUCGAAACGAAAACUUUUAUGGAAAAAUUCAGGAAUUAUUUUUUGACAAUUAUACAUUUCGUUUUUCUUUAGCUGAAGAAAAAACUUGAUGUGCAAGCAACUGUCAAGCAUGCUGAGCUGGAAUUAGUAAAGUAAGGAGUACUUAUUCAAAUGUAUAUUAUCUAUUGACUAUCUUAAAGUGACGAAGAUUUUUACAAAUGAAUCGAAAUGAAUAACGAGAUAUAUUAACAAGAGACACAAAGGUAUCGUAAAAAUACCCACGCGAGGAGGGAAUCCAAACAACCUUAAAACUUAAACAUUUCUUAAUCCUUUUAAAUGCCAAAAAAAUCCUUCUUCCCGUUAAUUGUGCCUUAAAGUGAAGAUAAAAAAUCACAAUCAGGUCAGAUCUACCGCCGUAGGUUUUAUUAAUAAACUGUCUUGUUGAAAACUGAAUCCGUUAGUCGUUGCAUUACAUUGGUCGGACCAAACUUAAACCUGCUUACCUGCCUGCUUACUUGCUUUAUAAUGAGCUCUGUUUCAGUCAGACUAAAAUGUCUUUCACACUUUGAAAGGAUAAAAUUCCUUUGAACGUAUUUAAAUUAAGUUUAAAAAAGGCUGAGGUGACAGAAAUUUUCACUGACUUAGUCGUUUAUGAAUUCACUAACAGUUACUGAAGAAGAAAUGUAUCUGAUAUGGGCAACGACUAACGGAUUCAAUUUUGAACUGAACAGUUCAUUAAAAGAAAGUAUGGGAGUACUAUAGCCUAUAGGGAUAAACUUAGACACUCAAAGUCAAAGAAAAUAAAAAAGGAUCACGCAAUAGCAAAAUAAGCUCUGUCGACCCAGGCUACCGUUUUUGAAAAGAAAUGGCAGCUAAAGGGCGAAAAUAAACCAGGAAAGAAUAUUUUAAAAGCACUCGUUGAAAGUUAACAGCAAUAUCCCAUGGAAAAGAGCUGUUCUAUCAACAGUAAUCAAAAAGCAAAGGAAUGGUGAAAAAGCAGUGUACUUUAAUAUUUUCGUAGGAAACAACUUGAAGAGAAGAACAAAGAAUUUUAUGAUCUAAAAGUAGCAAGCACGACACAAGAGAUGAACUUGAGAGAAGCACAGUUGAAAAUUAAGGAAGUUGAAAGCUCACUUAAAAAUGAGACCGCCUUCCGUCAGUCCGUAUCUGUUAGGUAUGAGGUAACUGUUUGGAACGUUAUUUACUGUCAAGCAACUCUCUUGGACAAAAAUGUUAAGAACAAAUGGACGUUGCCACGUCUACUUUCAAGAUAAAGCUCUUGAAAGCACUGGCAACCCCCAAAACUCCCUCCCCCUUCCCCGCCAAAGGAAAUGUUGAAGUACAGCUGGAUCAUUUCUGACCCUGACUUAACAACAUCGACCAGGGUGGGGCGAGGUGACGUGCCUUGUUACUAUCUUGGAAAAAAUGUUAAGAAUUUUGCAAAAAAUGCACUUUUUUUAGGGUAUUUUUGUAGGGUAAGAAAGUGAUAAACUCUUAACAUUUUUUGUCCAAGAUAGUAGCUAGAUUUAAGACGGCAAUCUUACGUACUAUAUUCUAAAUCCGUGACGAUUGACAAAAUGUUACCGAGCCACUUGUCAGUCAGAAUGUGACUGUGGUUGCGAACCGUACACAUCUUUUCUCUGCAGUGCCUCCCUCCCGACAGUAUUCCAAAAGCAGAAUAUUAAAUUAGGGUGGCUGAACACAGUCUGAUAGGUUGUCGAUCGUUGCCAUUCAUUGUGGUGUUAUUUUAACACUCGUUGCAAGUAUUAAGCUCAAAUAUGGCACGAGCAAUGUAUAGUUUUCAAGACAUUACAUUUGUUAGGUUAAAUGUAAGAUUGCGAUCCUUACUAUGGCAACAAGGAUAACUGAAAACAAGCCUAAAGUUUGAACUAAUUAGGUUUACGCAAAAUCCAGUCAUUGAAUUUCCGUAAAAAUUUGCAUACAGCGUACAAUAAGUAACCCUCAUUUUCUUAAAAAAAAAAAACAACAACAACAACAACUUAACCAAAUUGUAACAAAGCGUUGUUUAGAUCUGGCUGGACAGUUCCAAAGACACGAGAACGGGGUUGUUGCUUUUUUUUAUUCAUUAUCAAACAAAACUGAGCUACUCCAGUUCAAACACCAUGACUCAGGCUUCACGCUGUGGACGCUCUGUUACAGACGUUUCGUUUUCGUUUCUUGUGUAUUCGGUUGAAAAGAUUACCUUCCAGCGUUCUGCGAACUUUGUCAUUGACUAUUUUACAGAAAUGAUCAGCUGCAGCAGGAGGUCACAGUCUUGCGAGAACGAAACAAAAAUGAACUCAGUAUUUUGAAAAAGUCACUGGAUGUUGCUAUCGGGAGAUGGUAAGAGAAUCGUUCAGCUUUGUCCAUUCGAAAACCUGUAUUUCCUGUAGAAGCGAUAUUUAUUUUAACACCAUUGUUACUUAACUAUUUGUCAGGGAAUCAGGUUUACAUAGUAAGUGCAGCGACCAAGCUCAGACUCAGUGUGUUGAGAAAAUGGACAAUAAAACAAUUCAGAAAUUACGGGAACUUUACUUUAAAGUAAGUGCCUUUAAUUUUCCUUAAACUGCGUAUUUAAACAGUUAUUUUUGCUCCUUUUAAUACAGUUUUAUUUUAGAACAGACUGCAUCAUCGUCAUUGAAAAUUGCGACCCUCUUGACUGCCACGAUAACGGUGGUCUUCCAUUUUACUGAAAAUUCACCUUUGUCAAAAUACACUUAAGCUUAAAAGGCUUUCAGGAUUUUAACAACCAAUUGAAUCUCUUUCUCUCAUAUCUCGUAACCAUGGCAACUGAUUGAGGACAAAUUUUGUCAAAAUGUCUAAAACAUAAGGUAAGGUAAGCCAGAAAGUUGACAAAAAGUCGUUCUAGUCAAAAACUAGCGAAAGGCGUCCACCUUCCCCGAAGACGAAAUUUGAAACUCUCUCUUGUUGUACUUUCUAAACGAUGUAGCAGCAAAUAUUAUUUUUUAAGCUAACCUGUUUAUCCUUUAUUGAUGUAAAUAUUGCAACAUUUUUUAAAAGUUUUCUCUGAACAUAGUUUGUUCGUGUUAUAGGUUUCAGAGCUUGAAACACAGCUGAACCAAGAGAAAAAUGAUCACCUUUUAUCACUGGCUCAGGUCCGAGUAGAAGGGCAAAGAUACAUGACAGGGGAAUUACGAACGGAUUGA